AUGGAGGGUGAGCCAUCCUCUGAUGCCUCCAGGGCCAACACACCUGCUAACCGGGGCGAAACGCCGGUCCGCACCAAGGCUGUCCAAAGCGCGUCUUACAUGGAAGGCAACCUCGAUGCAGCUCGCGGAGCUGUGAUGCAAGAUCUUGGAACGACCAUACCGGAGGUCUCGACCAGAUUCUUCCAGACGCACCUCCUUCCUCCGCUUCCCGCAGAUAUUAACGUCAAACAAGUAGUCAACAAACUCCGCAAAGGCAAAGGCAAAGCCAUAAAAGGGAACCGUUGGGCAAAAUUCCCGAAGGAUCCCAAAAAUUCUACCGAGUGCGAGGAUGGCUGCUUUAAAUCUCUCGAAGAUGUAGCAACAGCUAUCGAGGCGGUAACAAGUGCAAUGACAGGCAAGAAACAGCUGCUCAAAUUUGUUCAGAACCCAGGCGACGCGCCCGAAUCCAGUAUGAGGACGUCGAAAAGUCGCCCGGAUGGAUGCUUCAUGCUCAAGUCACAGCAUAAGCGUAGCUUGCGAUGGAUGGAUAUCGCGCUUUCCGCUGAAUACAAGAAGGUGGAGACCCUUGCAACUAAGGAUGAUCUGUGGCAGGAUGUUCGAAAGGUUAUCUGGAGCAUGCAUCAUUGCAUGCGGGAGGAUGCGAGACGCCGGUUCACUUAUGGGCUCACAGUUGAAAAUAGGACGAUGCGGAUGUGGUUCUGCAGCCGCACAGAGCUGCUUGAGCACCAUAAGGUCGUUCAUUUCUUCGUCGCGAUGAUGUAUGCGGCUGAACAUGAAGCGGGAUGGGAUCCCACGAUUCAAUAUGUCUGGAAAAACGACAAGAAGAACGACGAGCUUGUGUUGGACGAAGAAGACAACCCCCGCCUCGACAUCGAUGUCCAAGAUGGGAAUGGAAAGGUCGUACGAUAUCGGACGACGAAAUGGUUAUCAGACGAUGGCGCAAAUGGUCUGCGAGGCAGGGGUACGCGCGUCUGGGAGGUGUGUAUACUCGACAAGGGCGGGGAAGGCGUCGAUCGCUUUGCUCUCAAAGAUCAGUGGAUCGAUCACGACCGACUACGAGAAGGCAUGAUUAUCGAGGAGCUCCGGAAUGCAGAAGCAUCUGAUGCGACAAAACGCAUCAUACACCAAUCGUUACUCACUGUGGAACAUCACGGAGAUGUCUACGUGGAGGGCAUGCUCGAUCAUACCCGCAAUCUCAUGACACGCAACGGCCGGCCGCACCCCUAUACCCGCUUCAGACUUCAAGAGCUCCCGGAGGACGGAGUCAAAAAGACCACUACAACCAAGUCGAAACAACGAAGACCGGCAGGCGUGGGCCACUACCAGUCCCCAGAGGAGCUGACGGCGCCGUCCAUAGAAAACAUUGAGACGUACCAUCCAAAGGUUCACUACCGUAUCGUGUUCAAGGAGGUAUGCAAGCCGCUUCCUGAAUACACCUCGCUCAAGGAUAUCUUUGAUAUUCUCAUGAAUGCUGCACUUGCACUGUUGGCCUUGCAUGAGCUUGGAUGGGUGCAUCGCGACAUCAGCAUGGGAAACCUCCUCGGUUUCAUUCUGAAUGGAGUGCUGUAUUGCAAGUUGUCAGAUCUCGAAUACGCAAAGCCGAUGGAUGAUUGUUUGGGCCACGAAAUCCGGACUGAAGAAAAGGCACAAGUAGCCAAGCCGACUCCAAUGACAGCUGAUCAGUGUCAAGUCGCCCUGGACCGGAUCAAUGCGGCACAAUAUGACACUCCUGAGAACAUUGAUGAGCCCGAGGAGACCUCCAGUGAGAGUACCACCAUGAGGCCAUUCCGGUACAAUCCCCUCCAUGAUAUUGAAUCCCUUUGGUGGGUGGCGAUAUACUUUAUCUUCAACAGAUCGGUGGUAAAGGUUGCUGGUAAACCUCCAUCCAUGGAAGCGUCGCAGCGGGGAAGCUACAAUGCUCAGAAGAAGUACACUGACAAGUUGCUCACGUCGUCGCACGAGAGACUUGCGGUUAUGUUGGACAACCCUGCCCUGAAGACGGAAAUUAUCCACUUACAUGUCGCAAUGCGGGGGGUUGCCAACGAGCUCAACAAGACCAGGGGAGAACUCGUUGAGUGUUAUCGGAAGGCGGAGAAGGAUCUAGAUGCAAUCCACCACAGAAUCGGCCAUCAGCUCCUCAAUGAUGUCUUCAUAAAGAGCUUCAUAGAAGUUCGUGACAAUCUCCGGCGAAAGGAUAUCCAGAUCGACAUCCUGCGCAACGAUCCACGACAAGAGGUCGAGAAUCUCCCAAUUGCCGAAGGUCGGGGCGGUGCGAUCGACAACAAUAAUGGUACCGAUACGGAACAAGUCCCAGACGCAGCUGGCCAGGGACCCCGCUUUGAAGGUCUAGCUCGAGAAGUGAAGACUGGCGACACGGCCGAAGAGAUGACUGCCUGGGACGGCGCGCAAGACGUGAUUGCCGAAGACUCUGAUGCUGGACGAUCCGUGGAUAAGGCUACCGGUCCAUCCGUCCCCCAAAUCUCGACAGAGCCCCUUGUCGAAGGACGCUCUACUCGUCCGCAGCGCAAGCGUGCUCCUCCCGUCCGAUAUAUGGGGACAGAAUACAAUUUGAAGAAGGGCAUGACGAGCAAGACCGCAUCAUCGUCAUCAGCUCCGGCUGCAGCAUCAAAGACUGCGACCGGCCAAUCGACCUCAGGGACUAUGUCUAGCACUAAGAAUAAGGCAAAGUCAAAGGCAAAGUCGAAGGCAAAGUCAAAGACGAAAGGCAUCCAAGCAAAAGAUGAGUCCGUUCCCCAAGCCGUGAUUGAUAAAUUCUACAAUCCAGGAGCCGCCCCAUCUUUUCACCGCGAAUUCGAUAACCCGAGGCCGCCUUCUAUCUGGUGCUUCUGCUGCAGCAACGCGCCCUUGGGCUUGAUGCUCGUGAUCACGUCCGCCAUCCUGUAUAUCGGCUGUAAGAUCGGCCGUGCUCAUCGUGAUCGCGUCGCAAAGGACAGUGUGCAGCCUAAAUCAUGCAUGCCGUCGAUGGAUGCCGAACUCAAAGGGAACUAUAGCAAGCAGCUACAGUAUGCAUCACGGUUGUUCUGGACACAGCAGUUCAGAGAAUGGGCGAUGACAAGACCGGGGGAUUUCAAAGACGAAGUGUUUCACCUUCACGCAGUCGUACGGCCAGCCGGUUAUCUUCUCGACACGAUGAGAUACCGAUUGCAAAAUCAAUACAGAAGCAUCGAAGAGACACUCACCCCCAUCACUCACAUGGUCGCAUCCGAUAUCACCAUACAGAUGAUAGAGGACUUAGGAGACAUUCGGGCAGACGUUAAAGGGCUUACAAUCGGCGAAUUCAAGGACGACCCGCGGCGAAAUUACCUUGCGAUCAGGAAUGCCGACAUCUCCCUUCAGCGGGACCAUAUUAGUCCUCCUCUUACGAAGACAGAAGGGAAACGGGCUAUGAUUGAAGAGGCAAUGUCGAAAUUGAAGUCUAAGCUCAGGCCGAAGUUGGGGUCGAAGCGGAAGCCGAAGAGGAAAUAA